CAACAACAACAACAACAACAACAACAACAACAACAACAACAACAACAACAACAACAACAACAACAACAACAACAACAACAACAACAACAACAACAACAACAACAACAACAACAACAACAACAACAACAACAACAACAACAACAACAACAACAACAACAACAACAACAACAACAACAACAACAACAACAACAACAACAACAACAACAACAACAACAACAACAACAACAACAACAACAACAACAACAACAACAACAACAACAACAACAACAACAACAACAACAACAACAACAACAACAACAACAACAACAACAACAACAACAACAACAACAACAACAACAACAACAACAACAACAACAACAACAACAACAACAACAACAACAACAACAACAACAACAACAACAACAACAACAACAACAACAACAACAACAACAACAACAACAACAACAACAACAACAACAACAACAACAACAACAACAACAACAACAACAACAACAACAACAACAACAACAACAACAACAACAACAACAACAACAACAACAACAACAACAACAACAACAACAACAACAACAACAACAACAACAACAACAACAACAACAACAACAACAACAACAACAACAACAACAACAACAACAACAACAACAACAACAACAACAACAACAACAACAA